GCUCCAUCACUGAAGGAUCCUACCGCAGUUUCCAUUUGCCACACACUCAACCGAGAUUCGGUGUGCAAGCAGCUGUAGCUAAACUGGACACGAGAAAAAAAAUCAUUUCAGCGGUUUUAUUGCUCUAGAAACACAAUUUCUUUACAGAAUAAAAGAAGGCAUCAUCAUGAACUCCCUGAACCAACAGUACGAGGAGAAGGUGCGUCCCUGCAUUGACCUCAUUGACUCUCUUCGCUCUCUGGGUGUAGAGAAGGACUUGGCUCUGCCUGCUAUCGCCGUGAUUGGAGACCAGAGCUCGGGGAAGAGCUCCGUGCUGGAGGCGCUGUCAGGGGUGGCUCUGCCAAGAGGGAGUGGCAUCGUGACAAGAUGUCCUCUCGAACUGAAGAUGAAGAGAGAGAAACAAGGAGAGGAGUGGCACGGAAGGAUAAGGUACCGAGACUAUGAAGAAGAGAUACAAGACCCUGCAGAUGUGGAGAAACAGAUUAGAGAAGCUCAGGACAAAAUGGCCGGGAAAGGGUGUGGGAUCAGUGAUGACCUCAUCAGUCUGGAGAUCGCCUCUCCUAAUGUUCCAGACCUGACGCUCAUUGACCUGCCCGGCAUCGCGAGGGUGGCUGUGAAGGGACAACCAGAGAACAUUGGAGAGCAGAUAAAGAGACUGAUCGAGAAGUUCAUCAAAAAACAAGAAACCAUCAGUUUGGUAGUUGUCCCAUGCAACGUGGACAUAGCGACCACAGAGGCUUUGAACAUGGCCCAGCGGGUGGAUCCUGAUGGAGAGAGGACUUUGGGUAUCUUGACAAAGCCUGAUCUGGUGGACAAAGGCACAGAAGAGACGAUGGUUGAAAUUGUCCACAAUGAGGUCAUCCACCUGAAGAAGGGCUACAUGAUCGUCAAGUGCAGGGGUCAGCAGGAGAUCACAGAGAAGGUGUCUCUUACUGAAGCCACAGAAAGAGAGGCAGCCUUCUUCAAAGAGCAUGCAUAUUUCCAAAUUCUCUACGAUGAAGGCCACGCUACUGUUCCUAAACUGGCAGAAAAACUCACCCUUGAGCUUGUGAAUCACAUCAAGACAUCUCUGCCUCGGCUGGAAGAGCAGAUAGAGAAGAAAUUAUUAAAGACUCAGGCAGACCUGGACAGUUGUGGCACUGGACCCCCAAUUGAUGCAACUGAAAGACUCGGUUUCCUCAUUGAUAGAGUGACAGCGUUUACAAAGGAUGCUGUCAACCUCAGCACAGGGGAGGACGUCAAAUUUGGAGAAAGACUCAAUAUCUUUUCCAUACUCAGAAAAGAGUUUGCGGAAUGGAAAGCUAUCAUAGACAAUUCUGGAGUAACAUUCAACUGGAAUAUUGAGAGGGAGGUGACUCAGUAUGAACGAAAGUACCGUGGAAGAGAACUGCCGGGCUUCAUCAACUACAAGACCUUCGAGGACAUGGUCAAGGAGCAGAUCAAAAGGCUGGAAGGGCCUGCUGUCCUGAAACUCAAGGAAGUGGCAGAAAUUGUGAGGACAGAGCUGUUUAAGUUGGCGCAGAGCAGCUUAGUUGGAUUUCCUAACCUCAUCAGAACAGCUCAGAUGAAGAUUGAAGCCAUCAGAAAGGAGAGGGAGAUUGCAGCAGAGUCCAUGCUGAGGACUCAGUUUAAGAUGGAGAUGAUUGUUUACACUCAGGACAGCACAUACAGCAAGAAGUUAGGAAAGCGGAAGAGGGAAAAUGAACAGGAAUGUGCGACAGUGUCUGUCUUCGUGGCUCCAUUAGUGAAGAAAAGCAUCAGCAGCACUGACAGCAAUAAUGACAGCGGGGCCACCCUGAAAGAGAUGAUCAAACACCUUAAAUCCUACUACCAAAUUGCUGGCCAGCGUCUAGCUGACCAGAUCCCGCUUGUGAUCCGCUACCAGAUGUUGCAGGAGUCUGCUGUCCAGCUGCAGAGGGAGAUGCUGCAGAUGCUUCAGGACAAGGAAAAAACGGAGUCCCUACUUCAAGAGGACUCUGGCAUAAGAACCAAGAGAAUCCACCUUCAGAGUCGCCUCAAGCGCCUGUCAAAAGCACGCAUUCUGCUGACUGAAUUCAGCAUGAACAUAUACAACUUCAACACAACACAACUGAAACAACAAAAUGGCGCUGCGGAUGGCGACCUCGGUGUUGCGCUCUCCCAAGCCCUGCCAGCCUCUCACCUGACCCCCCACCGGCACAGAGACAAAAGAUCAGGAAGGCACAAGGCCCAGCACGCGUGUGACCCUUUUGUCUGAAAGCCUGUGCUGACUGGCUAUCCCACAUCUUCACACAGAUCUUCAACAGAUCAGUGGAGCUGUGUGAAAUCUCCUCCUGCUUCAAGCGCUCCACAAUAAUCCCGGUCCCCAGAGAAACCCUCACAUGUCAUAUCACAGGAUUAAAUGACUCAAGGCCCUGUCACCCUGACAUCUGAGGUCAUGAAAUCCUUCGAGAGAUUGGUGUUGGCCCACCUGAAGGACAUCAUAGCCCCCCUAUUGGACAUCCUGCAGUUGCUGUGCAGUCAGGUCAGUAGACGAUGCAGUCAGCACGGGGCUGCACUAUAACUACUUGUGGACUUCAACACCAUCAUCCCAGCGGUCCUCCUCCCCAAACUCACACAGCUCACUGUGCAUGGCCUGCUGAAACUGUCAGUUCUUUUAAAUUAAGACUGAAGAGUUUUUAUUUUACCAUUCCUUUUAAUUAAAUAUUUAAGAUUUUUCUUUUUACCACUGCCUUUAACUAGUAGA